GCCUCCCAGAAUGCUAGGAUUACAGGUGUGAGCCACCGCGUCUGGCCACAUGAAGGGUUUUGAGCAGAGCAGUGACAUGCUCUGACUUAGCUUCUAUAGGCUCCGUCUGGCUGCUGUGGGAGAGGGGCAGGGCAUGGCAACAGUGAGACCAAAGAGGAGGCUAUUGGCUUAAUCCAGGCAAGGGAUGAUGGUACCCAAAUGUCCCACUGAUAAAAUGGGAUAUACUCCUAAGAUGGAAUGCUGGAUAAGCAUAAAAGGAGUGAAGUCCUGACGUGUUAUGACGUGGAUGAACCUCAGAAACAGUCCUGGGUGUGGUGGCUCACGCCUGUAAUCCUAGCACUCUGGGAGGCCAAGGCAGGAAGAUUGCUUAAGGUCAGGAGUUUAAAACCAACCCGAGCAAGAGUGAGACCCCCUCUAUACAAAAAAUAGAAAAAUUACCUCUAAUCCUCGAACAAAACUCGAAAACAUGAUGCUGAGUGAAAGAAGCUUGACACAAAAAGCCACAUACUGUAAGGUCCCAUUUAUGUGAAAUGUCCAGGAUUGAUUUUUUCCCUGUCUUUCUUUCUUCCUGUUUUUUCCUUUCUUUUCUUUUCCUGGUUACUUUGAAACACCCGGGAUUUUCUAUAGGCAAAUCCAUAGAGACAGAAAGUAGGCUAGCGCUUGCUAAGGUGAUGGGGGAUGAUAGGUAAAAGGUACAGGGGCUCUUAUUUUGAGGUGAAAUAUUCUCAAAUUGACUGUGGUAAUGGUUGCACAUGUCUGUGACUAUAAAAAUCCACUGAAUCAUGUGCUUUAAGUGGUGAGUUGUAUAGCAUGUGAAUAUCAGUAAAGCUAUGCUAGUUAAAAAAAAAAAAAAAAGGCGCUGGAAGCUUGGGGCCAGCAUGGUGGCAUGGGUGCGAAGUAGCCAGAGGGACUGUGGGAUUCACUGGCUGGUGGACAGGGAGGUUGAGGAGGGAGCAACCAGAGCCUCUGAGAGAUCAGAGGAACUGCUGUUCUGAGGAAUGAGAACCAGGCCUUUUGAGUUCAUAUUCCGAGUUUCCCCCAAGGAUGUUGGAGGAGGCAGCUGGUAACUGGGUCUUGAAUUGAGGGGUGAGAUUGCCACUGGAGACCCAGCUUUUGGGAGGUAGGAGUAUAGAGGUGGAUAAAGCCCUGGGCCUGGAUGAAGUCACAGAGAAAAUGGGUCAGAAAAUGGGCCCAGGACCCUCAGGCCCCAGCCUCAGGAAGAAGAGGACAGCAUUAGCCCUUCUGCCCCCUAGACCAGAGGCUGGGGUCGGGAGGGAGGGCAAAAGACAAGUGUCCUCACGUUUGAGGCUCCUGCACCCAGCAGGCACUUGGUACGCAUUGGAUUAAAUAAAUCGAGAAGCACCAUGGCAGAACAGGACGUGGAAAAUGAGCUUCUGGAUUACGAGGAAGAUGAAGAGCCCCAGGCUCCUCCAGAGAGCACUCCGGCUCCCCCUAAGAAAGACGUCAAGGGAUCCUACGUUUCCAUCCACAGCUCUGGCUUCCGGGACUUUCUGUUGAAGCCAGAGCUUCUGAGGGCCAUCGUGGACUGUGGCUUUGAGCAUCCAUCUGAGGUCCAGCACGAGUGCAUUCCCCAGGCCAUCCUGGGCAUGGACGUCCUGUGCCAGGCCAAGUCCGGGAUGGGCAAGACGGCAGUGUUCGUGCUGGCCACCCUGCAGCAGAUCGAGCCUGUCAAUGGCCAGGUGACAGUCCUGGUCAUGUGCCACACAAGGGAGCUGGCCUUCCAGAUCAGCAAGGAGUAUGAGCGCUUCUCCAAGUACAUGCCCAGUGUCAAGGUGUCUGUGUUCUUCGGUGGCCUCUCCAUUAAGAAGGAUGAAGAGGUAUUAAAGAAGAACUGUCCCCAUGUCGUGGUGGGGACUCCAGGCCGGAUCCUGGCACUUGUGCGGAACAGGAGCCUCAACCUGAAGAAUGUGAAGCACUUUGUGCUGGACGAGUGUGACAAGAUGCUGGAGCAGCUGGACAUGCGGCGGGACGUGCAGGAGAUCUUCCGCCUGACGCCCCAUGAGAAGCAGUGCAUGAUGUUCAGCGCCACCCUGAGCAAGGAGAUCCGCCCCGUCUGCCGGAAGUUCAUGCAGGAUCCCAUGGAGGUGUUUGUGGACGACGAGACCAAGCUCACGCUGCACGGGCUGCAGCAGUACUACGUCAAGCUCAAGGACAGCGAGAAGAACCGCAAGCUCUUUGAUCUUCUGGACGUGCUAGAGUUUAACCAGGUGGUCAUCUUCGUCAAGUCAGUGCAGCGCUGCAUGGCCCUGGCCCAGCUCCUCGUGGAGCAGAACUUCCCGGCCAUCGCCAUCCACCGCGGCAUGGCCCAGGAGGAGCGCCUGUCACGCUAUCAGCAGUUCAAGGAUUUCCAGCGGCGGAUCCUGGUGGCCACCAAUCUGUUUGGCCGGGGAAUGGAUAUUGAGCGAGUCAACAUCGUCUUCAACUAUGAUAUGCCCGAGGACUCAGACACCUACCUGCACCGGGUGGCCCGUGCAGGUCGCUUUGGCACCAAAGGCCUGGCCAUCACUUUUGUGUCUGACGAGAAUGAUGCCAAAAUCCUCAAUGACGUCCAGGACCGGUUUGAAGUGAAUGUGGCAGAACUUCCAGAGGAAAUUGACAUUUCCACAUACAUUGAACAGAGCCGGUAACCACAUGCC